AUGUACAUCUUCGAGCAGGAGAACAUCCUAACCCCCUUCCAAGCCAACAUUGCUUUUUACAGACGAUUCAUCGAUGACAUCAUGAUAUGGAAUUGCACACCGGAUUCCACCACACAGACGCUUGAGACUAUCAACCAUCUUGAUACCCCAAUACGACUCACCAUGAAAAUGGAUCCUUACACUGUUGACUUUCUGUACAUAUGUCUCUACAAAGAAAAUAACACCAUAGCCUAUACUCUCUUCAGCAAACCAACAGACAGAAAUACCAUCUUGCACGCAACCAGCCAUCAUCCAAGACAUCUCAUAAACUCGCUGCCCUAUUCUCAGUUCCUAAGGGUGAUACACAACAAUUCCAAUACCAGCAACACCCACAUUCAGAUACAACAAAU